GAUAAGUUCGACUAAUAAAAAAGAAUUCGAAAAAAAUUUGACUAAUAAAUAGUCAAUUAACCAAAAUAAUGAGAAGGGUGAUGGGCUGAUAAGAACUUCCAUCCCACAUACAGGCCCACUAAUAAAAAAACGUUUUGGCCCAUAUCAACGACCGUUACCCUCGAAAACGACGGCGUCCCAAACAUCCCACAUGAUCAAAUCAUUCACCGCCACAACGGCUAGUUCCUCUAAAAGUGACCGUUCCCCUCCCAAAUUCAAACAUCUUGAAGUGCGCCUCAACCAACUCCCACAAACGAUCCCACCAUUUUUCUUCCACCAAGCUCUCAAAACACCGUUUCCCAUCCAAAAUUCUCAGCAACCCAAACACCUCAAAAAUCCCUUUCGUCAAGAUCAGCAGCACACGAACCAGCAAGCAAGCAGCUCUGGCAACCCCAAACAGAUCCUCUUCGUCUUCAUCGUCCUCGUCGAAAAUGGUGUACAGCUACACGCCAGCUUACUACUCCACGCUCCACGACUCCAUCACUUCCCUCUGCAAGACCAUCCUGCCUUUCUCCUUCAAGAAGCGCGGCCGGCUAGCCGCGGCCGAGCACCGCCUCAACAAGAUCCAGUCCGACAACCUCAAAUGGCAGCAGGAAUCGUUCCACCAGAUCCUCAACCUGAUGGGCCUCCAGAAAGAAGGGAUCUUGGAGCAGCACGAGGUCUCGGCGUUUCGAUCCCACUUGCUCGAAACGCUCAUCGCUUCUCCUCCGGAGCACGAGCACUCCGUCGUCUUGAGGGACAAAUUGAUCUUCCUCCAGGAAUUGCUGUAUGCGAAAUGUAUAACGGAUGAAGAGUAUCACUCUUCAAAGCGGCCGUUGCUGCAGAGAUUGGCAAUCCAAGGUGCAGAAAUCGAGGCAAGCGAUGUGAUCGUCGGUGGGAAACAGAGUGAUGUGGAUGAAAACAGAGAAGAAGAAUGGUCAGUGAUUGACUUGAAAGACGAGAAACGUGAGCCGACACCGCAAUCCAAGAGCAAAUCGAAGCAAUCAAGCUCACCCGGGAUGAAGCAGAUCAAAGGGGCAGGUUCGACUCUGUUCGGGUUUCACAAGCAGAGCAACCGGAGGCAGAGCAUAUUCGAGAUCGAGGCUAAACGGCAGUCCUGCGGGCAUUCUAAUGGCGGAGGAAUGGACGAGAGCCCAAUUGUGAAUGUUGGUAACUUGGUGAAGGAGAGCGAAACAAAGUCGAUUCUGAUGCAAGCAAGCGGAAAGACUGCUGGAUCUCCGAGGAAGGAGAAUGGGAGCGGCGAGAAGGCGAAGAGGAAGCCGUUCAGGACUCUGUUUCAUAAUAGCAAAGAACAGAGUAGUGAGAAAUCGGCAAAGAAGAAGCAAUGGUGGAAAAGGAAUGAUUCGGAGGACGAGACAGCUCCGCUGCCACUGAACAUCGGAAGAUCAGGAGAUGGUGAAGAUGAGUAUGGAAACCUUGUUACAAGUCCCAUUGGAGAAGGCCCUAAUACGAAACAGAUCAAAAGGAAGCUUCACUCGAAUGGAACUCCUUCGGAUUUCUUCAUAGACAAGGUGUUGGGGAAUAACAUCAAGAAGGAGCUAUCAAGGAUUCAAACUGAGCUAUCCACCACCAAUCCAAAUCUGAAAUUCUCGGAUGACCAAAUGGAAGCAAUCUCCACUAAGCUUCCUGUUGACAAAGCUGACCUCAAGAACUUCUUUCCCAAGUCUUGGUGCGAUAGAUAUGGCGAUGUGGUGCUGGAUGUGGUGAAGAAAGAGUUCAAAGAUCAUGUGGGUGAGAUGGAGAACAUGAGGAAUGCUACCAGGGAGAAGAAUCUGAACAACUCAAAGCGAUGGACGACAUUCGAGGAUGACGAUGAUGAGAAUAGCCACCCAAAUCUUUUCAGUAGUCACAACUCUAACAACAACAUCAACAAGAGUUCCAACCCUUUCCUUCAAGAUUCUAGCAACACAGGGAAUAGCCAUCAUAGGAUUGAGAAGCCAGAAUCGGUAUCAACCUCCUUCCAGAAUCCUUUCUGGAACAGCUAAUCUUCAUUCCAUUGGUGACCAGAGAUGUUCGUUUAUGCUAUUUGCAGUGUAUAAAACUGCCAAAAAGAAGAACCAUGUUCUUCUGUACUUUGUUUAUCCAUGUCGAUUUCAGUUCUUUUUGGUAUCAUAGCAGAGGGGUUUCAAAUGUAUACAGAUACAUCUGGUACGAAAGGUGCUUCGAUAUUUUACAAAUGGAACUCUCUUCCUUAACCGUAAUGAGAGUGCUAUUUACAUUCUGCAGCAUAUACAAUUUCUAUGAUCAGAGUGAAGGAAUCUCUGAGGUGGGAGCAGAAAGCUCGGGGUCAGUCUGGCGAACAUCUCCACGGCAGAGUGGGCAGACCCCGUGGAUCUCUUUGAGCCAUUUAUCAACACAUGACAUGUGAUACUCAUGAUGGCAGGGAAGCACUCGUAUUUUAUCCCCUUCUUCGUACUCAGACAGACAUAUGUAGCAC